GGACAUAAAUAAAGCGCGGACCGUGGCACUUCCUGUUUUGUUUCUUGUGUCUGCUCGGUUCGGGGAGACAUGGACUCAUCAGGACACAGUGAAGCUGUGGACAUAGGACAGAAGGUUCUGUUAAAGACCCGGAGGAGCGUCUGAACCUGAGGCUCCCGCGGCUCCUGUGGCUCCCGCGGCUCUUGCAGCGGGCUCUGGUUCUGUUCGUCAUGGCUCUGAGCUCGGGCUGGGCUCCUCCGGCCCCCGCCUCUCCGCAGGCUGUGUGCGGCGGCCCCGCGGUCUGCUGCAGCACGGUGCUCAUGUCAGUCCGGGUGUCGGUGUGUCACUCCGGGAUCCGGCCGCUGUGCCUCCCCGGGGCAGGGAGCGAGGCUCUCCGCCUGCAGCUCUCCAUGGACCCGGGCCGAGCCGGAGAGUUCCGCCUGGCGCUGAGAGACACGAGCGGCAGCCGCAGCGUGUUCAUCGCAGAGUUCGACCUGCGCUCGGUGCAGUACGAGGUCAAGUCUCCUCGCUGUCAUGAGAUGCGUCUGGCCGCUCCCCCAAACGACUGCAUUCGCUUCAACUUCCGCUGUGACCGAGAAGCUGAGGAGUGGGCGACUGUGGUGAUGUCCUCACUCAGAGAGGCACAUAGAGUUUCAAAUAUAAACCCGCCUGAACCGGACGGCACACAGACGACAGCAGAGGUGUUCAGCUCCGCCCCCUCUCUCCCUCGCUCUGAGGAGCUGUGCCUGGAGCUGACCAAAGCGAUAGAGGCUGGGGACAGUCAGGCAGCUUCACAACACGCCUCAGCCCUGGCUCGUCAGAAGGUGGCGCUCACCGUCCAACUCACUCAGAACAACUACACCGAGGGGGAACUUAAUUUAUCAGUGGUGGUGGAGGAUGUGUCGUCGUCCUGUUGUGUCACAGUUAAAGUGUUCCCCUACAUGACAGUGGCCGCUCUUAAACAACAGGUUUUCCUUGAGUAUGGUUUUCACCCGCGGGUGCAGCGCUGGGUGAUUGGCCAGUGCCUGUGCACAGACCCCAGGUCUCUGGCGUCUUAUGGGGUACAGAAGGACGGGGACACGGCGUACCUGUACCUGAUCUCCGCCCGCCAGGCGCGCAUCACCAGACAGCUGUUCCAGCAGGACCUGGAGAGCGCCCUCCUCGCCCCCCCUCCUCCUCCAGGGAACGGCCCCAUGUCCCAGGACCGAAGAGGCUACAGCACCCUGCCCACCAGGCUGCACAACAACCAAGGAGGCUCGGGGUCGGCCGUCGAUCUUAAAGACAUCUUAGACUUUGAGAAUCUACAAAUAAAUGACAAAACCAACAAAGCCAGUAAAACACAGCAAACAGAAUGGGCCUGUCCCUUGUGCACGUUCAUUAAUAAGCCAUCUCGCCCCGGCUGUGAGAUCUGCGCCACGGCUCGCCCCGACACACACGCUCUACAGGAUAAAGGACGGAGAGAGGAGCGGGCAGACGCAGGUUUAGGCAGCAGCUGACUGUCUGAUAUGUUCAUUCAUGUUGUAUAAUCUGACACAGAAUGGAGGUAAACCAUACACUUUAUAUACAGUCCACGGGGUCCACAUCCCACUGUUUAUCUUCACACGGCUGCGUUCACUCUGUGCAAACUCCUGCUGCUUUUUAAAACUUUGUUGCAAAAUCUUUAAUCUAAAAAUCUACAGAAAUCUUGUUUUCAAUUUCCUGAUUAUGACGAUAGGCUCAGUGCACAGCAGCACGUUAGCUCACUGUGUCUCAAAGCUAACAGUUUUAAAAUGUGAAAACAGCCAAUUAACAUUCAAAUUAAUUAAACUAAAGACUGCCUAAUCAUUUUUAUAUGUAGAAUACUCCAGUUUGUGUUGUUUUAAUAUUUAUUAUGGCUCAAAGUAUAGAUUGUAUAUAUAAAUAGCUAACAUGCUAGCCACCGCGGUCCAAAUAGGAAGUGAUCGUCCUUCAAAUUCACUUUACAUUGAAAAACUGUGGCCCAUCCCUCUGUAACUGCCAGAUUCGUCAUUUGGUUGCCGUCAUCUUUAAAUACUUAUAAUUUUAGCGUGACUCUGCAAAAACCUCAUAAAGAUAAAACUAGACAGGAAGUAGUGACGCUAACAGAGGUAGAGGGCGCUGUUGUGCACAAAGACUAUUAUUUUAUAACAAACCGUCAUCUUCAUCAAUCUUGCAACAAAAGCUAAAAAACAGGAAGGAAAGAUUUUUGGAAUCGUUCCAAAAAUGAAUCAGUUUGUUGGUCACAUGCCAAAAAAAGUGCUUGGCUGUUUGUCCCAAUUUGAUUCAUUCCUUGUAAAGAAUCAAAAGAAUCUGGGGCUGAGCUCAGAUCCGAGAGGAAACGACAAACGGCUCACUACAUUUUAUAAAAUUCUAAUCACUAGUUCUAUUUCAAAUGUUUGUUUUGAGGAGCAAAUCAAGACCAAGUUCAGUAUUUUAACUCAAAUACUAACGUCUCACACAUUUAAAGACGCAGUAUGUAACUUUUCCAGUGUUGUAUGUGCCACUUGUCUCCAUGGAGAUGUUAACACUUUGCCUGGAAUGUUUCACAGUGUGGCAUUCACCUUCAUAACCUCGCUUUUAUUUGAUUGUGUCUUUAUAAUGCAAAAAAACACCUUGAAAACCUCGCAUUCUGAGUGGAGUCACCUCUCCCCAGACCCGACUUGUAACUUUACGUGGUGGCAUCACCUGCUUGUCUCCAUGGAGAUGUUAUCACUUUGCUUGGAAUGUUACACAAUAUGGCAUUCACCUUACUGACCACGCUUUUAUUUGAUUGUGUCUUUAUAAUGCAAAAAAAAAUACCUUGAAAACCUUGAAUUAUAACUGUUGGCGAGGUCACCGCUCCCUAGAUCCGACUUAUAACUGGACCUGGAGGGGUCACCUACUUGUCUCCAUGGAGAUGUUAUCACUUGGCUUGGAAUGUUUCACAGUAUGGCAUUCAACUUGACGAUCCUGCUUUUAUUUGUCUAUAAAUUGCUAAAAAACACCUUGAAAACUUUGCAUUCUGACUGAGUGAGGUCACCUUUCCCCAGAUCUGACUUGUAAGUGGACCUGGUGGAGUCACCUAUUUGUCUCCAUGGAGAUGUUAUCACUUGGCUUGGAAUGUUUCGCAGUAUGGCAUUCAAUGUGAUGAUCCUGCUUUUAUUUGUCUUUAAGGCUAAAAAAACACAUUGAAAACUUGACCCGGUGGCGCCCUCUGCCUGUCUCCAUGGAGAUAGACGCCAGGUUAACGCCAUACCGCGAUCACCCCACCAGAAAAGUUCCAUAACGCGUCUUUAAACCUGCACGUAGGCCACAUGUUUGCACUGUUGUGAGCGCAGCCUGCGGGACACUGUAGCAUGAAACCGCAGCCUUCAUAGCCACAUUAUAGACGACAUCACCCCAAUUUUUAGCAAAACUAUUUAUUUUAGGCUUGUUGUGCUGUGGAGACAAAACACAAGACUGCUUUUUAUUUAUUUUAACGGGGGUGCUCAUAUGUGGUCUUUAGAAUUGGAGAUUUUGUGGGACAUUUUGUGAUAUGAGACGUAGGAGCGAAGUGAAAAAAAAUAAGCCUUGUACCAAACUGUUUAAACUGCAGCUGGUGCCAUUUAACCCUUUUGGACGUGAACGGGGAGCGACGGGAGGAGGGAGGUUGUUUACAGGGUUUGUCAAGUGCUUUUAAUUUUUAUAACAUUGUAUUAAGUGUAUUAUUUUUAACAGAGAUUGUGCAAAGGAUGUACAUUUUCACUGUUCAUCUAAUUUACUUGAUUCUGUCUGGAAGGAUCUGCUUGAGAACAUGAUGCUGUACAAACUGAAUAAACGCAAUUCAGCUAC